CGCAGCAUGGCGCGGAAGAAGGUGCGGCCGCGGCUGAUCGCCGAGCUGGCCCGGCGCGUGCGGGCCCUGCGGGAGCAGCGGGAGCGGCCCCGCGACGCGCAGCGCUUCGCCGUGGACUACGCGACCCUGACGCGGCCGCACACGGGCCGCCCGCUGCCCGCGCGCGCCUGGGCCGACGUGCGCCGCGAGAGCCGCCUGCUGCAGCUGCUCGGCCGCCUGCCGGGCUUCGGCCUGGGCCGCCUGGUCACGCGCAAGUCCUGGCUGUGGCGGCACGACGAGCCCUGCUGCUGGCGCCUCACGCGCGUGCGGCCCGACUACACGGCGCAGGACCUGGACCACGGCAAGGCCUGGGGCGUGCUGACCUUCAAGGGUGAGGGGGCGCGGGCGGGCUGGGCGCGGGCGAGGGGCGGCGGGCGGCGGACGCUGAGCCCCGCUCCCCCCCCAGGGAAGACGGAGAGCGAGGCGCGCGAGAUCCCCCAGGCCAUGUACCACGACUGGCGGCUGGUGCCCAAGCACGAGGAGGCGGCCUUCGCGGCGGUGGCGAGGGAGGACGCCGCGCCCGGGGCCGCGCCGCGCAAGGUGCCCUACCCGCCGCUGCUGCGCGCCAUGAUCCUGGCCGAGCGGCACCAGAGCGGGGACCGCAGCCUGGAGGAGCCGCUGCUCCACCUGGGGCGCGCCCGCGUGGAGCCCUGGGACUACCCGGUCCGGCUGGAGGCGAAGCCCAGGGGCACCCCCGUGUAGGGCGCCCCGCGGGCGGGGGCCGGGAAUAAAGACAGACUCGACUCGC